UAUCGAACUCCCUCAAUGGUGCAGUGUCAUGAAAGUGUUUGUAAACAAUUCAUGCAGACGGUGAGAAACGUACAGCGAACUGAAGUUGGAAUUAUUGCCACAUCUCUCCAUAGAAACCAUAGAAUUCUCCCUGUAUGUAUAGGAUGUUUAAGCUGACAUUUUCCUGAUUUUAAAAUUGCCAGGAUGACAAGACCCAUGCUACCCAUGCUUAUGAUAAAUAUAUAGUUCUCCAACAUCCUUUUUCUCCAUAUUUGGAGCCAUUUGGCAGCCACCACAAUUAUCAGACCAACAUGCCUUGGCCAUUUUCUGAGUCUAUAAAGAAGCGGGCAUGUAGAUACCUUUUGCAUCGGUAUUUGGGCAAUUUCCUACAAGAGAAACUGAGUUUAGAUCAGCUUAGCUUAGACCUCUAUCAAGGCACUGGAUCCCUGGCACAAGUGCCAUUGGACAAGUGGUCUUUGAAUGAGAUUUUGGAGUCAGUGGAUGCCCCCUUCGAGGUAAUAGAGGGCUUCAUCCAGACCAUCUCCCUGACCGUACCAUGGGCGUCCCUGCUGCAGGAGAACUGUGCCCUCGAGGUCAAGGGACUGGAGAUGGUGUUCAGACCCAGACCACGCAUGGCAUCAGGUUUGGAACCCAUGUACUGGUCCAGCUUCAUGACGAGCAGCAUGCAGCUUGCCAAAGAGUGUCUGAGCCAGAGACUAACGGAUGACUUGGGGGAAAGCUUUCAGCCACUAGAGGGAUUGGAGAAGUUUGCAGAGACCAUAGAAACAGUUCUGAGAAGAGUCAAGGUGACUUUUUUGGACACGGUUCUCAGAAUAGAACAUGUUCCAGAAAACUCCAAAACAGGAAUCGGUCUUGAGAUGCGAAUCAACAAGAUUGUUUAUUGUGAUGAGACGGGCGAGGAGAGCUCCAGUGUGAAUGUGCACCAGCCCACCACGUUUGCACAUAAAAACCUGCAACUGGAGGGAGUCACCGUCUUCUGGGACGAGUUUUCAGAGGCGGCCAGAGCUGGCUUCAAAUCCUCACCCAUCCCAGCAGAGACAGAGGCCAAGUUAUCCCCCAGCUGGAACCCCAGAAUAAUCUGUGAGCCACACCCCCAGUUCACGGAGCCUGUUUCCUCUGCAACACCCUUUGAACCCAUGCAGAUUGGUCACCUUAGUGGCAGAAUCGAUCUGUCGCUUGUCCUGAAACAGAACCAAACCAUGCCUGGAGCAAAGUUGGAUGUUGAUGGACAGAUCAGUACAAUGAUCGUGCUGCUAUCUCCACGGCAAGUUCACCUACUCCUGGACAUGUUUGGAGUUUUUUCAGGCUCAGGUGGGCCGGAGUGGGGGAAGGACAAGAGGAACCGUCCCAUGCAGCAGGAGGAUGAGUAUCGGCUCCACAUGGAGUUAAACCGCUGCCUGAAGAAGGACUCAAUGAUGGCCGGGGAAGACCCUGACCUUUUCGAGAGCCAGACCACCAGAACUGUGUCCAGCCGAGAGGAUGUCUUCUUCUCCAUGGCUGACAUGGACAUGUCUCACAGCCUGUCAUCCCUCCCCCCACUGGGGGAACCGCCCACUGUGGACCUGGACCUGUCACUCAACAGUAACUACUCCCCCUCUCCAGGAGAGUCUCCCUCUGGCAAUGCCACAAACCUCUGGGACGAUUACCUUGAUGUGCCUAGACAGAGGGAGAAGCAGACCCAAGAAAGCCCUUUCCUGAUGCGGGACUCACCACUCCAACACAAGCUGCUGAGACAGACCUCCCACCCAACCAAAGCCCAUGGUGAUGAGUCCAGGCCAGAGCUGGUCUUCAGGCUGACACUGGGGAGCCUGGCUGUGUGUGUUCUCCACAUCGACCCCUUGCCCCCACCAGAUGCUGCCCCCAGCCCCCUGGCCCCCAUGGCUGCUGACUUCUUCAGGGUUGUCUGCUCCGACCCUCCCCCAGCAGGGUUCAUCCAGUUACGCACAGCGUUUGACGAUGCCUGCCCCUAUGACCACCUCAGGUUUGUGGCUCAGGGGAUGAAGGUGACAUAUGAGCAUUGUCAGGGCUCCAGCCUGCACAGCUUCAGCACAGACGUGUCCCUGGGCCAGAUGGAGCUGCUGGAGUGUCUCUUCCCCUCUGAGGCCCAAAGGGGUGUGUCCCUAAGAGGGGUCCAGUACACAGAGCUCCUGACAUUUGAUACCCCUGUCACCACUGAGGCACCAUCUGCCACCUGCCUCCACCUGCUCUACAAACUGUCUGAACGCAGAGGGCCGCAGGGUGGACAGGUGCGUCUGAGCACCAUGCCCAGGAAGGCUGACUUCCAGGUGGAGCUGGGGGCGGUCCGCUCUGAACUGGACAUCAGCAUCGUGGACCGCCUCAACUCUCUGCUACAGCCACAGAAACUGGUCACCACAGAGAUGAUGGCCUCUCACAUGUACACAUCCUAUAAUAAACACAUCAGCUUGCACAAGGCCUUUACAGAGGUCUUCCUUGAUGACAGCCGUACUCCAGCCAACACUCACGUGUCGAUAAGAGUCAAUGCUCCUGUGUUGAGCCUGGUGGUGCGCUUCCCCAUCCCAGACUUGCGUUCGGACCAGGAGAGAGGCCCCUGGUUUAAGAAGUCCCUGCAGAAGGAGGUUCUGUACCUGGAGCUGGAGGACCUGGAGGUGAAGACAGAGUUCACAGGCGGCAGCUCCCCAGAGCAGACCAAGAUGGAGCUCACCUUCAGAGAGCUAGUCGGGAAGUUCCAGGAACAGGAGGACCAGCCUGCAGCCAGGUUCCUCAGGGUCUCCCACACCAUGGAUGGAGACAUGACCACCUCUGACACUGGGAAGUUUGACUGGCCCAGAGUGGUGCUGAAAGUCAACCCCACCGCUGUCCACUCCAUCCUGGAGCGUGUGACUGCGGAGGAGGACGAGGGGGCUGAAGGCCACUCCCCUGAGGAGGAAGAGGAGGAGGAGGGGGGAGGUGCCCACUCACUGAAGGAUGUCUGUGAUUUUGGGAAGCCUGAACCCUCCCCCUUCUCCUCACGCCGGGUCAUGUAUGAGAAUGAGGAGAUGGUCAUUCCUGGGGAUGUGGCUGAAAUGACAGAGUUCCAGGAGAAAACCAUGAGCAAUUCCCGCUUUAUCCUAGAGUUGUGCUUGCCAAAUGUGCAAUUAUCAUUACCCAACAAAGCCUUUUAUGAGAAACUGCAUAACAGGAUAAACAAUGACCUGCUGUUAUGGGAGCCCAACGCUCCCUCGCCUGUGGAGACAGUGGAGAACAUGCCGUAUGGAGUAGGGCUGUCUGUAGCCAGCCAGCUGAUCAAUGCUGCACACUACACCAAGGACAGCUUCAGCCCGUUCCGCUCCACUGGCCCUGAGGAGGAGGACAGUGGAUCGGAGGAGGAGACCAUGCACCACUACUCCCCUGCCUCUGAGCAGUGCUUCAGAUCUCGCAGGAAGAAGAAGCCCAAAGCCCAGAGCAAGACCUCCCAGAGCCUGUUCUCUGUAAUCCUCACCGUCAACCACGGCCUGGUGGCUCUGCAGACCAGCGCUAAGCAGGAGGAUAAGACUAUAUUGAAUAACCGACAUGGAGAGUUCUGGUUGGAGGUGAAGAAUGGGGUCCUGUUCAGUGUUACACAGUACGAAGGCUACAAAGACAGGCACUACAUCUGCUUCCACACCAGCAACAUCUGUCUCUAUCACCAAGGUCUGGUGGAAGGAGACACCCCAGUGUCCGACAUCAAGCUGCCCUGCAGGACGCGUCCUCAUUGGCUGGAGCCGGCCAUCUACCCCUCUGAGUCUGAUAGGGCGUCCCCUUCGGAGGGCAUCGGCCUGGAGGACCACAGCAUGCUGUCUGUCGCCGUCAAGAUCUCCUCCCAGAACAUGGAGCGCAAUGUCAAGGAGUUCCUGGUUGCAGUGGGAGUGAGAGGGACCACACUCCAGCACCGAGUGGUUCCCCCCAAACUGGGCUGGUAUGACCAGAUUGUGGACUUCCUGAAUGUGUCUGAUGAGCCUGUGUUGGGUUACAUCCCACCUGCCUCAGUCACCACCCUUCAUCUGCACCUGUGGAGCUGCUCAUUGGACUACAGACCCCUGUACCUGCCACUCAGGUCUCUGUUGGUUGUGGAGACAUUCAGCAUCUCCAGCAGUGUCUCCUUAGACCACUCAUCCUCCACUCUCAGGAUAAUUUUGGAUGAAGCAGCGUUGUUCCUCUCUGACAAGAGCAAUGCCGUCUCUGUAAAUCUAAUGCGAGACUAUGUGCAGGUGGUAGACAUGGGAACAUUAGAGCUGAGGAUCACUGCUGUCAAACCUGGAGUGGACGGAGAAUUGACUGAGCCCAGAUUUGAGCUGCGCUGCUCCAGUGACGUCAUCCACAUCAGAACGUGUUCAGACUCCUGUGCUGCUCUGAUGAACCUCAUCCAGUAUGUGGCCAGCUAUGGAGACCUAGUGCCCCCUCCUGGGCCAGAGGCCAAAAGCACCUGUUCCAAGCAUAGAGCCAAGUCGGAGGCUUCAAGCCGGCCCCCUUCCCAGGCCCCUCCGCUCCCCGACGCUGAGCAGCAGAUGCUGCAGGACCUGAUGAGUGAGGCCAUGGAAGAGACAGACAACCAGCACAGCCUGGCCUUGCAACACAACGGAAUUCAUGAGGAGCAGAAUCAUGACCUCGACCAGCCUCGCUCUGACCUCUUCCUUUUCCCGGACGAGAGCGGAAAUCUGCCACAGGAGCUGAGUCCCACUUACCCUACGCUCCACUCACCCCUCAUCACCCCUGCCCCUAUCCUGGUCCCAGAGACCGACGACUUCUGUAUUCUAGAGACCCCGGGCUCCAGAGCAGACGAUCGGGACGAGGAGCCCGUGGUGAACAAGUUAAUCCCAGACUCCAUUGAGAUCAAAGACGACCACUUUGGCCUGCCCCUGGACAGCAGCGACUCCAGCAGGGGAGCCCUGAACUUCCCUGUCCCAGAGCUGCGCUACCUCAUCAGGGAGAUCUCUGUCAUCUGGCACCUGUACGGGGGGAAGGACUUUGGGAGCUCCACAUUCACCUCCUCUCCAGCUAGAAGUUGGGGGUGUACCCCACACAGCUCCCCCUCCCAGACCCCAGUCAGACAGGGCAGGGGUGGAGGACGGGCCGGGGGAGGGCGGGGCAGGAACCCUGACGUCCUGAUGGAGAUCCAGCUCAGCAAGGUGCGGUUCCAACAUGAGGUAUACCCCCAGGUCCCGGUGGCCUCUGGGUCGGCGGCGGACCAGCCUGUGUCCCGGCAGGUGCUCAUCGUCCAGGACCUGGAGAUCAGAGACAGACUGGCCACCUCCCAGAUGAACAAGUUCCUGUACCUCUACUCCAGCAAGGAGAUGCCCCGCACGGCCCACUCCAACAUGCUGACAGUUCGGGCUCUGCACAUGUGUCCAGAGACGGGUCAAGCACCCCAGGAGUGCUGUCUGAGAGUCUCACUCAUGCCUCUUCGCCUCAACAUCGAUCAGGAUGCAUUGUUUUUCUUGAAAGACUUCUUUGCUAGCCUUGCUGCUGAAGUUGAGAUGUUCUCUCCACCUGAUCAAGAAGCACUGUGUGUUUCAAUGAAGAAGCCGUCUGCCCCAGAGGUCUCGUGCAGCUUCACUAAGAAUGGAGGUGGGAGCCAGGACCCUGCCCCCAUCAUCUCUGUGCCUGCACAGAGCCGCUCCAGCCUCAGUCUCAACGGCCUCACCCUGCCCAGUAACAGCGACUCUGGGGAAUCUGAGGUUGCCACUGCAUCAUCCUUCACUGACCAGCCCAUCUUCUUCAGAGAGUUUCGGUUUACUUCUGAAGUUCCCAUUCGUCUGGAUUACCAUGGGAAACAUGUUUCAAUGGAGCAGGGAACGUUUGCUGGUAUUGUGAUUGGGUUGACACAGCUGAAUUGCUCCGAGUUGAAACUAAGGCGGUUAUGCUACAGACAAGGACUGUUGGGAGUGGAUAAGCUAUUUUCCUAUGCAAUAAAUGAGUGGCUGAACGACAUCAAGAAGAACCAGCUGCCAGGACUCUUGGGUGGAGUGGGACCUAUCCACUCGCUGGUACAGUUGGUCCAGGGAUUUAGGGAUCUGGUGUGGCUCCCGAUAGAGCAGUACCGGAAGGAUGGUCGGGUUGUACGGGGAUUGCAGCGGGGUACUGCUUCCUUUGGCACUUCCACAGCUAUGGCUGCUCUGGAGCUUACCAACCGCAUGGUGCGGACUAUCCAGGCAGCAGCAGAGACUGCCUAUGACAUGGUAUCUCCAGGAUCCGAUGAGAGGGAAAUGAAGAGAAUAAAGCGGUUCUCUCAUUACCGAUUUGCUCAUCAGCCAGUUGACCUAAGAGAAGGAGUAGCCAACGCUUACAGUGUUGUGAAAGAGGGAAUCACGGACACUGCUCUGACCAUCUAUGACACGGCCACACGGGAGCAUGAGCAGCGUGGGAUGACCGGGGCAGUGGGUGGGGUCCUUAGACAGCUCCCCCCAGCUGUGGUCAAGCCUCUCAUCAUGGCCACCGAGGCCACCUCCAACGUACUGGGGGGCAUGAGGAACCAGAUCCACCCAGACGCACGCCAGGAGGAAUCCCAGAAAUGGCGGCAAGGGGAGGAGUGAUUGUCGACUGCUGUCCAAUGACUGAAGAGAUGAUUGUGCGGAAUCAGAGGGCGGUGUAUUUUGUUUCAGAGAACACACUCCGUCUCAGCUGUUGCAAGGCCUUUUGAGUCUUACAAGCUAGAAGGAACUGGCUCUGUAGAUUUACUUUUUGAUGCAAAAAAAUGUAAUCACAUUUCAUUUGUCACAUGCUUCAUAGACAACCGGCGUAGUAGACUAACAGUGAAAUGCUUACUUACGGGUACUUUUCCAACAAUGCCGAGUUAAAGAUCAGAUAAAAAAUAAAAUAGAAAUAGUGAUGCGAGGAAUAAAUACACAGUAAAUAACGAGUAAAAAUAACAUGCAGUGCCUUCAGAAAGUAUUCAGAAUCCUCGACUUUUCCCACAUUUUUUACGUUACAGCCUUAUUCUAAAAUGGAUUAAAUUGUUUUUUUCCCCUUCUCAAUCUACACACAAUACCCCAUAAUGACAAAGCAGAAACAGGUUUUUAGAAAUUUCUGCUAAUUUAUUAAAUAUAAAAAACGGAAAUAUUACAUUUACAUAAGUAUUCAGACCCUUUACUCAGUACUUUGUUGAAGCACCUUUGGCAGUGAUUACAGUAUUGAGUCUUGAGUAUGACGCUACAAGCUUGGCACACCUGUAUUUGGGGAGUUCCUCCCGUUCUUCUCUGCAGAUCCUCUCAAGCUCUGUCAGGUUGGAUGGGGCGCAUCGCUGCACAGCUAUUUUCAGGUCUCCAGAGAAGUUCGAUCGGGUUCAAGUCUGGGCUCUGGCUAGGCCACUCAAGGACAUUUAAAGACUUGUCCAGAAGCCGCUCCUACGUUGUCUUGGCUGUGUCUGAGGUCCUGAGUGCUGUGGAGCAGGUUUUUGUAAGGAUCUCUCUGUACUUUGCUCCAUUCAUCUUUCCUUCGAUCCUGCCUAGUCUCCCAGUCCCUGCUGCUGAAAAACAUCCCCACAGCAUGAUGCUGCCACCCCCAUGCUUCACCGUAGGGAUGGUGCCAGGUUUCCUCCAGACGUGCCGCUUGGCAUUCAAUCUUGGUUUCAUCAGACCAGAGAAUCUUGUUUCUUACGGUCUGAGAGUCCUUUAGGUGCCUUUUGGCAAACUCCAAGCGGGUUGUCAUGUGCCUUUUACUGAAGAGUGAAUUCCAUCUGGCCACUCUACCAUAAAGGAAACAGGAUGCAACUGAGCUCAACUUUGAGUCUCAUAGCAAAGGGUCAGAAUACUUAUGUAAAUAAGAUAUUUCUGUUUGACAUUUUUCUAAAUUUGCUCAAAUCUCUAGCAACCUGUUUUCGCUUUGUCAUUAUGGGGUAUUGUGUGUAGAUUGCUGAAGGAAAAAAAAAUAUUUAAUCAAUUUUAGAAUAAGGCUGUAAUGAAACAAAAUGUGGAGGAAAAAGUCCAGGGGUCUGAAUACUUUCCAAAGGCACUGUAUAGGGAGUAGAAAAUAACAUGGCUAUAUACAGGAUGGAGUAUAUAGCCAAAAUGUAGUGGUGCUGAAAAGUCAGCUCUGGUGUAAAUAAAACACAAUUCAUCUCGUAGACUUGUUGCAGUUUGAACUAGUGUGAAUCAGCUUGUGUUAACUUCCUAGCACAUUUUCCCCUGCAGUGCCUUCAUGGUAAUAUACUGUUGUAAUACCAUAUGUUAGAUAGAGGGACUUGUAGGAGCAGUUAAUGUAGAGUCAUAGAGGUCACUGUCAUAUGUCCCUCCCUACUGUGGAUCAUAAUUGAUUACCUUUAGCUUUGAGGAUAGGACUGGAUCGUUUUGAAUGUUGAGAAUCUUUCCAUAACGGUAACAGUGAGGAAAGGUAAUAUACCAUGUCCUUAAAAGGGACAGAGAUGAGGAGUGGUGUCUGGAAGCUCAGCAUUUCAUUGAAUCUUUUUUUUUUAAACAAUUGUGAUAACAGCCAGUCUGUAGUUUGUCAUAUUCAACAUGAUCUUAUCCUACUUGGUGUCAAAUAACACUAUAUCUCGACCAGAGAUGUUGUAAGCUAUUGAAGUGUAUGUCCCCUAACAUUUUAUAAGGGUUAGCAUAUGUGGAUAUGUAUGUGUGAGCUUUAUAGCAUUCUAUGUAACAUUUCUUGCAGAGAGCAUCCUAAAAGACUCUCAGCAUUGUGGAAUGUGUUGCGGUAAAAUGUAUAGAUCAUCUGCACUUUUAAUUACAAGUGAUGUGAAGGUCACUUGUUACCAGUACAAUGGGGGUGUUAGACUUGUUCCUGAUUUGAUGGCUGUUGUCUUCUAAAUACAUUCAUAAGAGAAUUGCAGGCUGCAGUCGUAAGGUAUAAUUGCCUGUGUAGCAAGUUCUUUAAUGUGCGAAGUAGACUGCUUCUCAAUUUUACAUUUUUCAAAUGUCAGUGUGAAACUUUAUUUCACUAUACAUUUGCCUAAGUUGGCUUGUGCUGUCUGGUCUUAAAUAUCGUGCCCAUGUUUGAAAUAUUGGACUAGUCUUUUUUGGCCUAUGUGCUUAUUUUGGAGAUAGCUCAUGUGAUAAUGCAGCCUUUACAUUUGCUCUACGCCCCUGAGUUGUUUUGGACAGUAGUUCAUUACAAAAAUGUUUAACUGUAAUGGGAAUUGUAAUGCAUGUGAUAAUAGAGAAUAUUGUUUAUUGUACAUAGGUGUACAGUUGAUCUUCACAAUUUGUAUUUAAAGCAUGAAAUAUUCUUAAAAGGGAAAUAAACUAAUGUCCACUGAAAUAUAUUGCCUUUUGAGAAGGAAACCAAAGAUUUUAUGGCCAAACGUUAUCUCCUUUAUAAUAAUGUUCAUCAGUGGAGCAUAAAAAAUAGGAGACAAGUGCUGAGCCAGUUGGUAAAUUUGUUGUACUACUCACAUAUCGUACUUGUGCAGAUAUUGAUACAACGUAACCUUACAAUAGUACAUUGUCAUGCCCAAUACUAUCACAGCUUAUUAAAUAGACACAUUUGAAAUUUGUGA